AGGCUCAUGGCCGCCAUGGCUGAGACUGGCACAGCGGCAAGGCCGAGCGAAGCCCUUCCCCACGGCGAGAAUGAAGCUAAGGGGUGGCCAUCUUGGGGCCGGGCAGAUCGCUCCGCCUCCUUCCGGCGCCCCAGCGGGGAGCCGCUGGGCAUUGUGGGAGCGGGCGGCGGGUGUCAUGGCGGCGGCCGCGGGCGCGCUGUGCGGACGUCUUGGGGGCUAACAUUGAACCUAUUCCAGAAGAACCUAGCAAAAGUUGAGCCCCUCCACCGUUUUAAGCUUCUGCACACUACUUCUGCUCGGAAAGGCCUGGAGGAGUUUUUUGAUGAUCCUCAAAACUGGGGAGAAAAAACAGUAAAGUCCGGAGAUGCAUGGAAUAUAAAGCAGCUGAGAGGCAAGAGUAGUGAAGAUCUGCACAAGCUUUGGUAUGUCCUACUGAAGGAAAAAAACAUGCUUUUAACUUUAGAACAAGAAUCAAAGCGACAACACAGGCCAAUGCCAAGUCCAGAACGAUUAGAAAAGGUGGAAAAAUCUAUGAAAAAUAUAGAUUUGGUUGUCAGAGAAAGAGAAGAUGCAUUGAGGCUUUUACAAACUGGCCAGGAAAAACCAGUACCUGGAGAGUGGAGACAAGACUUCUUAGGACGCACCUACUGGUACACUUACAAGGAGUGGCCAAUACCAUGGUACUUGAACAAAAAAUACAAAAAAAGGAAAUUCUAUUACUUACCUCAUGUAAAUCACUUCAUCAGGCUCAGAAUCGAAAAAAGCUUAUGUAGAAGGGCAAGAAGGCAAAAUCUAGAGAAGAAGCAGCAGAAGCUUUUAGAAGUGAAGUUCCCUCACCUUGCCGUGAAGUCUCAGAGCCAGUGAGCUCCUGGAAGAGCACAGCAGCUGCUUGUUUGACUGUGACUAGACUGAAAUGAAGUUCUGAAACCAGUGAACAAGUUGACUGCACUUUCCUGAGACUAUCUUUUUAUUAUCUCACAAAUCUGACCAAAAUUAAAUUGUCAUCUGGAAUUAAA